ACAAAUGGAUUGUUGCAUAUAUUUGAAGCAACAAAUAAGAGUCAACGACAUGUAACAGACAUCCAACAUCGAGAUCUUGUUGAUAUAUUCCAAUCCUGUAGCGAUAGACAAGAUGAGCCAAAUCAAAAUACUUAUUUGCGAAAAAGAAAAGAAGUAGAUUAUAAUGAAGAUCGGAUGUCAAAAAGGGUUUAUCAUGAUGGUGAUAUUACGCCAUCUCCAUGUAGUUUGACAGAUAAUUCUCUUUUUGAAACACCUCAACACCUUUCAAGUGCCAGUAAUAAAUCCAACAACAAUGAAUCUGAUGAUUUUACCUCAGGUGAAGAAGUUGAGGAAGUUAUAGAUGACUGGAUAAAUUAUUAUUUUGAUAAUCUCGAAACAAGUAUAAAUGAUAACAGUAAGCAUAGUUAUUUAGCGAAACAAAUUUUCUAUGGAUUAGCUGAUGAUGUUCCAAUUGUAGCCCUACGCAAAACAUCUAAAGAUGAACAUAGCCAAAAGAGGCCAGAUUUCGUACGUUUGAUAAAAACUACAAUGGCAUCCUCUCAGCUUCAGCAAAACACUGAUUUACAAUCUACUAUUAAAUCCUUGCAAGAGAUUAUGUCUUGA